AUGCGCAUGCUGGAGCAUGGCAGGUUUAUGGGCUGUAUGACCCUUGUGGUGAUGUUUCAGGAUGUUGUGGUGCAAGGGUUGGAGAGAGGAGCCAAAAAUCAAUUUUCCACUUUCAGCAAUUUCAUCACAACUAUCAACCAAAAGAAGGAAGGCACCGGAAACAGAAGUCCACCCACGCAACUUGUUAUACCUAACAUCAAAAAUGUGAGAGAUUUGCCACCUAUUUGCCUCGACGUCAGACAGAAGCAGCGCGUGUCUGUAGAUGCACUGCCGCAAGAACUGAAAGCACCGAUCCCUCCUCAACCUCCUCAACCUUCCCUUCCCAUCCGAACCAAAACCAUGAAAGAUUUUCAGGAUGAUGUGGAAAAAGCUAAGUCAUCAGGAGACUGGAAAGCGGUACACGAUUUUUAUUCUACAUCAUUUGAUUCUUUCCUGGAGAUAAAUGCUGCAUUUAAGAAAGAUGCCAAUUUUCCAUUUAAUACCAUUGAAGACUCUGGAAUCAAUGCAAAAUUUGUGAAUGUUGUCUAUGAUGCCUUAUUAAAUACUCCUCAAGAUGUUCAGAAGUCAGUCCUAAAGGGAAUAAUUAAUGGUCUGUUACAGGAAUGGAAAGGGCCACGAACAAAAGAUGAUCUUAGGGCAUACUGUAUACUUUUACAGAAUCCUCAAUUUAGUAACACUUCUACUUAUGUCAUCUAUGCUCACUUGCUAAGACAGAUAGCAGCCUUAACAGAAGCUGACCAUCAUUUCCUAGUGCACUGGUCUAAAAAGAUUGCACAGAGAAGGUUCAAGCAGCUGGUGGACAGGUUGCUGCAAUUUAUUUCUUUACGCUUGUUUCCUGCAAAACCUGAAGAGUUUCCACCCAUGAUGAAGUGUACCUGGUGGAUUCCAUCAGCAACCAAAGUCCUGGCUUUAUUUAAUGCUGCAAAUAGUUUAAGUAGUCCUUCUAUUAUUUCGUAUACGGAUUUCUAUAAUUCUACACUUGAUCAUAUUGAUCUUAUGGAGGAAUAUCAUAACUGGCAAUGUUAUGGAAACUCUCAUAGGUUUUCUUUCUGUCAAUACCCAUUUAUUAUUUCAAUAGCAGCAAAAAAAGUUAUUAUUCAAAGGGAUUCAGAACAACAGAUGAUAAGUAUCGCACGGCAAAGCCUUGUGGACAAAGUCUCUCGCAGACAGAAACCUGACAUGAAUAUGUUGUUCCUAAACGUGAAAGUGAGGAGGAUGCACCUUGUUAGUGAUUCACUUGAUGAGUUGGCAAGGAAGAGGGCAGAUCUGAAAAAGAAGUUGAAAGUCACAUUUGUGGGAGAAGCUGGUCUUGAUAUGGGUGGCCUGACAAAAGAGUGGUUUCUCCUUCUAAUUCGGCAAAUUUUUCAUCCAGACUAUGGUAUGUUCACGUAUCACAAGGAUUCCCACUGCCACUGGUUCAGCAGCUUUAAGUGUGAUAAUUACUCUGAAUUCCGGCUGGUGGGCGCUCUUAUGGGACUUGCUGUAUAUAACAGCAUCACCUUGGAUAUUCGUUUCCCACCUUGCUGUUACAAGAAACUGUUGAGUCCUCCCAUUGUUCCCUGUGAUCAUAAUACACUUGUAGGCAUCUGUGAUGUUACAUUAGAAGACCUGAUUCAAGUUAUGCCAGAAUUGGCCCAUGGACUAAGUGAACUUCUAGCCUAUGAAGGCAAUGUUGAAGAGGAUUUUUACUCAACCUUUCAGGUUUUUCAGGAAGAAUUUGGUGUUAUAAAAUCUUACAACCUAAAGCCAAAUGGAGAUAAAAUUCCAGUUACAAAUCAGAAUAGAAAAGAAUAUGUGCAGCUUUAUGUUGAUUUUCUUCUCAACAAAUCAAUCUACAAACAAUUUGCAGCUUUCUAUUAUGGAUUUCAUAGUGUCUGUGCUUCAUAUGCGCUACUGCUACUUCGUCCAGAAGAGGUUGAAAUUCUUGUCUGUGGUAGUCCUGAACUGGAUAUGUCUGCUUUACAACGAAGUACACAAUAUGAGGGCUACCAGAAAACUGAUCUUACUAUACGAUACUUUUGGGAUGUAGUACUUGGAUUUUCUCUUGACCUUCAAAAGAAGCUGCUACAUUUUGCUACAGGAAGUGAUAGAGUACCUGUGGGAGGAAUGGCUGAUUUGAAUUUCAAGAUUUCAAAGAGUGAAACCUCCACUAAUUGGUUACCUGUGGCUCAUACCUGCUUCAACCAGCUUUGCCUCCCUCCUUACAAGAACAAGAAAGAGUUGAAGCAAAAGUUGAUAAUUGGGAUUUCAAAUGCAGAGGGGUUUGGUCUAGAAUGAGAGAAAAUACUGCAAGAACAGCGUUUUUAUGUAGCAUUCACUAUCUUCUAAUUGUGCCUUUAAGCUUUUCAUUGUUAUGUCUCUUGAUACUGUGCAAGUCUUACCCAACUUUUUUAAAUUAAAUAUGAAGUGUGUGGGGUUUUUUUGCUGCAUAGCAAUACAUUUACUGCUUGCUUUGUUAGGGAAAGUAUUCUUCCAACAAAAAGUUGGUAUAUUUGUUUAAAAAAAAAAA